CUUAGCCAAACUGCCAAAGGAGCCAAUUAGCCAAAUCGAUCGACGACGCAAUUUACCCCUAGUCAUUCAACUUCUUCACGACUUCGCAACAUUGCUACUCGGUGGACCGUGGACGGUGGUCCGUUCGGCUGCCGCUCGUCGGCUUCGUCUCCCGUGGGACGGUCAGCACUCAGCCGCAAGUUUUUGUUCCAGAGCUCGACUUACGACUACUCGAGGCCUCCAGCAUAUAGACUCCGGUGCUUUCCAGUCGCCAACCAUUUUCGCUCUUCGUCGCUCAGCCGCCUCGUCGGACGCCGGUGAUCUUACAAGGAAUUUGAAGGAAACCCUUACUUGGCUUACUGAUACACUCCGUUCCACAAACUUCGUGAAUGCUAUUCCUUACCAUGGUGUAAUAUCGGGGUGCCUACCGUAUAGAGUAAUCUUUGAUCAAGAACUGUAGGAGGAUCUUCGGCUCCGGGGUGAGAGAGAUGGCAGGUGGUAGCAGGGAGGAGGACUUAGCUGGUGCUUCAGUGAGGCUGAUGAAUUUUGUAUCAGAAAAUCAGUUGGAAGAAUCAAAGCGAACCCGCGGGGCUCGGGUUGAAGAUGGUACUGCCCAAAGAGAUAGAUCCUUAUACGAGGUAUUACAGGAGAACAAGGACAAGAAGGAUGCAGAAUUCAACGAACGCAUCAAGCAUAGGCCACCCAAAGCUCUAGAUGAGGAAGAAAUGGAAUUUCUUGAUAAACUUGAGGAGUCGAGGCGAGAGUAUGAAAAGCAACUUAUUCACGAGGAAGAAAGGCAACUACAAUCUUUCCAAGCAGCAGUUGCUGCACAGUCUGCAUUUGUCCACGAGAUCAAAGAAACACCAAUAGCUCCUAAAAUUCAAGAACAAAGAACAUCCAGUUCUGCGAGGAAGAACCCUUCUGCCAAACCAUUGGGAAUUAUGAUUAAGGUUAAGCCACCAGCAAAGAAAGCUAAAAUGGAUAUCGCAAAUUCUGAAGCUUCUGUUUUGGCUGGGACAACUUCUCAUGGUGAUCUCAAAGAGUUGGAGGGAUAUGUGAAGACUCCACUUGUUCAUACUGACAACACUGAGUCUGUUUCCAAAAGUAGCUUAGUACAAUAUAGCGAUGAAAGUGAUGAUGAGUAAUUGAGUAGUAGUUUAGUUGUUGAGAUGGAAUUUGGUGAUCUUAACUUGUGAUCUUACACAACUAAUAUUUCUUCCAGUAUUUGUGAUUUUAAUUCUAACCUGGAAAUUGGUACUGCCACCCCUGUACAGUGUCCACAGUAAACAUGGAAAUUGUCCGAG